AACAUAACCUCUAUCAAAUUGUAAACAUUGAUCUUGGUAGGAAAUUGUAUGGCGGAACUUUUUGGCCAAGUGGACAAAAUAAUUUAUAAAAUAAAUAUAUCAUAAUGCCUCCAAAGAAAGACGGCAAAGGUGGCAGUAAAGGAAAGGAUGCUGGCGGCAAGAAAGGUGGCGCUGGAGCAGCUGAAGAAAAAGGCAAAGAAAAGAAGGGCGGUAAUGCUGUAAAGGUGCGACACAUUCUGUGCGAAAAACAAGGAAAGAUUCUCGAGGCCAUGGAAAAACUGAAGGCUGGUCAAAAAUUCCCCGAAGUAGCGGCAGCAUACAGUGAAGAUAAGGCACGUCAAGGCGGUGAUUUGGGUUGGCAAAUACGUGGUGCUAUGGUGGGACCCUUCCAAGAUGCUGCAUUCGCUCUGCCAGUUUCCACCGUUAAUAAUCCAAUUUAUACCGAUCCACCAGUUAAGACGAAAUUUGGUUACCACAUUAUUAUGGUAGAAGGAAAGAAAUAAACGAAUUUUGUUAUUAUGUUUUUAUACUGAAAUGAA